AAAAAAGGGGUUUCGGCGGCGAGCUCGGCCGCCCUCCGACGCCCCGUUCCUCCGUCGACCGGGCAGGAAAUGGCACUGCAGCUGCCGGAGAUCCCGAGCCACCUGCUGGCGCAGAUUUUUCUCCGACUGUCGGCCCCAGAAGACCUCGCCCGCACCUCCGCCGCCUGCGUCGCCUUCCGCCGCCUCGUCACCGACGGCUCCUUCCUCCGCCGCUUCCGCCGCCUCCACGCCCCGCCCCUACUCGGCUUCCUCGACCUCGAAGGCUUCCACGCCGCCCUCCCGCCCCACCCAUCCGCGCCCGCCGCCAGCUCGUUCGCCGCCGCCGCCGACUUCACCUUCUCCUUCCUGCCACCCCACUGCGGCUGGAUCGUCCAGGAAAUCCGCGACGGCCGCGUCCUCCUCGCCCGCGACCACGGAGAAGAUGCGCGUUCCCCGGUCUUCAAGGAGCUCGUGGUGUGCGACCCCUUGCACCGCCGCUACGUCACGCUCCCCCCGCUCCCCUCCGCCCUAGCCGAUUCGGUGUACCGUCCGGCACCCGUUGCACGCAUGCCCUGGUGCGAGCCUUGCCUCGCGCCCCUCGGCGAGGACGACGCAGCCACGACAGCAUUCACAGUCAUCUGCGUGGUACACUGCGAAACCAAGCUGGCCACCUUCGUUUUCUCUUCGAGCACGGGACAAUGGCAAGCCUCGGCGUGCAAGGGUUGGCGUGAAUUGUUCUGCGGCAGGGGCGAGUCGACCGUGAAUUCACCAUCGAAUUCACCACUGGACCCUAUGUUCCUCAGACGCCAUUACGCGUAUGGCUGCUUCUACUGGGAGUCCACCAUGAUUAAAAGGAAAGAGUUACUCGUGCUUGACACCCGGAGGAUGGAGUUCUCGAUUGCUGACCUCCCAUCCAAAGGAUGGAGUACGUUCGGAGUAGCCAUUCUGGAGGCAGGGGAAGGCAGUGUUGGGUUGUUCGGUAUACGCGAUGAACCUGCAGGUGGCAAACGUGACCUCUGUUACACCAUUAGACAAAACAAAGGCAAGAGGUCCAGUCAGUGGCAGAUGGUGAAGGCAAUGACGCUAGGUUCUGGGUGUCUGCAUAAUAUCAAAGCUUCAACAGAGAGGUACUUUCUCCUAGUAAGUGCUGAUGCCCCACGACGCGUAGGCUCAUCUUUCAAGAUGGAAUUGGAAUAUUUCUCCAUGGAUGUCAAGAAAUUGCAGCUUGAGAGGGUUUGUGUGAAACCUUUUGGGUUAGCCUUGUCCAGGACACGCAUAUACACCAACUUCCCACCAUCGUUUUUGUCUUCACCAACAAUAUGAAAUGAUUUGAUGGGGCCAUAAUGAGAUCAACAUUCUUGAUUCAAAGCAACUCUGAUUUCAAUGGCGUGGAGUUCUCAGGAGAUGUGAUCACCUUAUCUACAAGACAAUCUACAUUGCUUCACCUGGUGGUGGUCGUGUCUAUUGUUUCAGUUAAUUAGUGUAACGUGUAUGUGGAUGUUUCCUGCCUGAGAGUGUCACAUUGAAGUUACUAGUGCUUAACAGUUGGCACCGUCAUGUCUAUGUUGUUCUUCCUAUCAUGCCGAAGAGUGUGACACUGAACUUACUUUACAUGCCUCUGUCUGGCUGUGUGGUCCAAUUUGCAUUGCAAGUGACAGCGCUAAACAUGGAAAAGCAAAGUCUUUGCAGUCACAUGUUUCAAGUCCAAUUGAGAUGAAUAUCACCAGUGGAACAAAUGCUAUCCUGCUAUUGCUUAUCUAGCCUAAUAUAAGACCUAUAUAACUUA